CAUUAAAAAGUGAUAUAUAUAUCCUAUCUGUUAUAAAUAUUAUUAUUAUAUUAUGAUGUCUAUCUUUAGGAAGAAUUUUAGGGUUUGUGAUUUUGGCACCAAAUCAAUUCUCUCCUAUAAAUAGAGAGGUUCUCUUCAUUGUAUUUCAUCCCUCAUAAGAGAAAUAAGAACUCUCCCCUCUUCUCUCUUUCUCUACAAUAUUCUUGUUCUUAGUUUAUUAUUUUAUAAUAUGUUAUCAGCACGAGACUCUACCGUCUCAAGGAAUUUUUCAAGGCUAAGGUACUAUUUUUAUUCUCUCUAUUUUAUGGCUAACCUUACAAAACUCGAGUUCGUUGCCCUUGAUAUUUCGGGCAAGAACUACCUAUCAUGGGUGCUAGAUGCUGAAAUCCAUCUUGAUACUAUGGGUCUUAGAGACACCAUUAAAGAAAAUAAUAAAGCAUCCAACCAAGAAAAUGCCAAGGUUAUGAUAUUCUUGCGUCAUCAUCUUGAUGAGGACCUGAAAAUUGAAUAUUUUACUAUUAAGGAUCCACUCGUUUUAUGAAAAAACUUGAAAGAAAGGUAUGACCACCUGAAGAUGGUCUUCCUCCCAAAAGCACGACACGAAUGGAUCAAUCUAAGGCUACAAGAUUUCAAAUCAGUUAUGAAGUAUAACUCUGAGAUGUUCAGAAUUACUUCUAUAUUGACACUAUGUGGAGAAAAGAUUAGUGAUUCUGAUAAGCUGGAAAAGACGUUCUCCACUUUUCAUGCCUCGAAUGUGCUCCUGCAGCAGCAAUAUCGAGAGAAAGGUUUCACAAAGUAUUAUGAUUUGAUUGCUCAUUUUCUUGUGGCUGAACAAAAUAAUGAUUUACUGAUGAAAAAUCACGAGAAUCGACCUACUGGCGCUGCACCACUCCCCGAAGUGAAUGAGGUGUAUGCCCACUACUCCAGGCGUGGAAAAGGUCGUGGCCCCGGUCCUGGUCAUGAUAAUAGUCGUGGUCGUGAUAAUAGUCGUGGUCGUGGUCGUGAUAAUGGUCAAAGAAGAAAUUAUUUUCCUGGUGUUAAUCACUCUUCAAAGAAAAAUCACCACCAAAAGGGGAAAAAGAAGGAUGAUAGGCAUGAAGUGUCAGAAGCACGUGGCUCAGGAAACAAAUGCUAUCGAUGUGGUGGAAGUGGACACUGGGCACGUACCUGUCGUACUGCAAAGCACUUGGUUGAGCUUUAUCAAGCAUCAAUUAAAAGAAAAGAGAAAAAUCUCGAAGCUAAUUUUAUCUCUGAAAAUCAAAUUGACAUCACACACUUGGAUGUAGCAGAUUUUUUUGAGCACCCUGAAGGAAAGAUAGAUCACUUGAUUGGUGAUGGUUCUGUGGUUAGAGAUGAUUGAGUUGUUUAUUUUAAUUUUUACUAGUCGUAGUAGUUGAUGAAUAAAAGGCCAUGUGACAGUAGCUGUUUACAUGAGUACUAUUUUUAAUUAGUCUAGAUUUAAUCAGUUUGUUAGAGUUAGUUAUUAAUAAAAUUUUAAUAUGAUUCGUCGUGAGUAAA